CUCUCCCGGCCGACGGUGUACAGGCCAAAAUACCCUCCCAGCUCAUCCGCACCACUCUACGGAGUACUUCCAAUGCUUGCACCGCACGCACACCCAGACCACAUGAGACAAGGUACCAGCACCAGCAUCAGCACCAACACCCGACUCCAAUUCCGACCUGCACCUGCACCUGCACUACACAAUUGUAAUUCAAGCAUAACCAAGCCAAACCAAGCCAAGCCAAGCCAAGCCACGACACCCCAACCCAGGCUGCAUCAAAGGAAGAACCAACCAUCCAUCCAGUCCAAUUCAGUCCAGCAGUGCAGUGCAAUGCAAUCCAGGCAAAGAGAUCCUCCGGUCCGGUAGGUAGGUAGGAAGCAAAGCAAAGCAAAUCAAAGCAAACCAAUCCCGGAAGUUGGAGCAGAGCAGCG